GUACACAGACAUACACAACGAUGUCUGUGACUUAGUAUAUGAAAAAGAGAGACUUUGUAUAGUGUAUGUUUACAUUUCCAUGUUGAUGGCAUUGAAACAGCUGUCUGCGGUUUAAAAAUGGCGGCGUUCAAAUUUUCGAAAACGUUGCAUAAUAUUUUACCAUGUUCUCGGCGGUGUUUAAUGUUGUCAUGCGUUAAAAACUCGCCAGAAUAUGCACAAAAUAAAGAUUCCAAUGAAAAUGAGACACACUUUGGUUUCGAAAGAGUAAAAGAGAGCGAGAAAGCCGAAAAAGUUCAUCAUGUGUUUGAGGCAGUUGCUACGUCUUAUGAUAAAAUGAAUGACGCAAUGAGUUUUGGAGUGCAUCGGCUAUGGAAAGACAUAUUCAUACACAGACUCAGCCCGACCCCACGAACACGGUUACUGGAUGUAGCAGGUGGUACUGGUGAUAUAGCCUUCCGAUAUCUCAGAUACAUCGAUAACUUGAAAAAACGAUUUCCCACUGUUGACGAUGAAGCAGGCCACGUAACUGUUUGUGAUAUCAAUAGUGCCAUGCUCGAUGUGGGAAAACGACGUGCAGAGCUCUCGAACUUGAGCCCUGAUCGUAUUUCGUGGCUAUGUGGAGAUGCUGAAAACCUACCGGUAGAAGAUUGCAGCUACAGUGCCUACACAAUUGCAUUCGGCAUCAGAAACUGCACGCACAUUGAUAAAGUUGUACGAGAAGCGUACAGAAUCCUGAAGCCUGGAGGCAGAUUUCUAUGUCUGGAAUUCAGCCAUGUUAAUAACAGCCUUCUACAGUGGGCAUAUGACCAGUACUCUUUCCAAGUAAUACCAGUAAUGGGGCAACUCAUAGCUGGCCAAUGGAAACCAUAUCAAUACCUUGUUGAAAGCAUCCAGCAGUUCCCCUCUCAGGAUGCGUUCAAGACCAUUAUUGAAAACGCUGGCUUCUCUUGUGUUACAUACGAGAAUUUGACUUUCGGGGUGGUUGCAAUACAUUCUGGAUUCAAAACCUAAAUGUGUAAUUAAAAGAAAGUAAUAAAGGUAUAAAAGGUUGUUUGAAAA